AAGUGCUCUGUUCACACCAGAAACCCAAACAGAACACCUGUUGCAGCCAUGAUGCCUGUUGCAACCGUGAUGCCUGAUGACACGCCGAUGUUUGACCCAAAUAUUCUGCAUGAGCUUGACUGGAGCCAGAACACCACCACGUUUUCUCCUGCUAUUUCUCCUCUAGAUCCAGGAGAUGGCCUAGUUUUGAGACCACUUUGCACUGCUGAUUUAAAUCGAGGCUUUUUUAAGGUUCUGGGUCAGCUGACUGAAACUGGAGUUGCAAGCCCAGAGCAGUUCAUCAAAACCUUUGAGCACAUGAAGAGAUCCGGAGAUUACUACGUUACUGUCGUAGAAGAUACCAACCUUGGCCAGAUUGUUGCCACGGCAACGCUGGUGAUAGAACACAAGUUCACUCACUCCUGUGCAAAGAGGGGAAGGAUAGAAGACGUCGUAGUAAGCAGGGAGUGUAGAGGAAGGCAGCUUGGUAAACUAUUAACAUCCACCCUGACACUGCUAAGUAAGAGACUGAACUGUUACAAAAUCACCCUGGAAUGUCUGCCAAAAAAUGUGGAUUUCUACAAGAAGUUUGGCUAUUCGGUGUCUGAAGAGAAUUACAUGUUUCAACGGUUCUUUAACUAAGAACUUUUAGUCCUUUUUCUUUUGAUACAGACUGUUGGUGGAGAAGCUCAUGUUACAAACAUUCUCUUCAUGGAAAAAUUGUCUGGUUUAUUGCUGCAAAUUUAA